AUGCAUUCCAAGGGAAUCUCCUUCCUAGCUUUGGGCUUGUUGGUGGCGCAGUCGGUCGUCGCAAGCCCGUGUAAACUGUUAUCCUACAGCACGCGCUCAAGGGUCUUGACUACUGCUUCAGAGUCUAUAGUAUAUACCUUUGCAUCGUCCUCUACAGACUCUGAAACAAUUGUCUUGGAGACAAUCUCGACUGAGAGCGGGGCUGCUACUACCACGGAGACAGAUGUCGCAGGUACUGGUACAACCACCGCGAUUACCAUCGAUACAGCCACUUCCAGCACGAAGUUGUCUACAGAGACCGAAACCUCUCCAAGUGUGAUUGAAACAAGUACUCUCGCCACUCAGACUACAACUGUAGCUAAGGGUAGUACUUCUGUGGCUGAUGAUCCGACCACCACGACGAUUGCUGUCUCCACAGCUGCUGAAAGUGCUACUGCCACCGAGAUAAGUGAGGCUGAGACCGGUAUUGAAACUUCAACUGCCAUCGACAACACUGCAACGAUCGCACAGACAACAACCGGAACCGAAACUACCAGUGAAGUUGGUGCAACUACUACCGAAACCGAAACCGCAAUGGUGUCUCAAGGCAGCACAACAGUUACAACCGAUGAGAGCACGGCAUCAGCAUCCCAGGAUAUUGCAACAACUACAGCCAAAGAUAGCACUAAAUCUGUCUCUAUGGGCAGCACAACGGCCGAGGGAAGCUCUACGACUAGUGACAGUGCCAACUCAUCUUCUGAGUCCAUUACAACAACAUCAGCAACAGAUGAUGGUGCUACAUUAGUUCAAAGUAGCACUGUAACAUCUGGUGACGGCACCACUACCAUUGCAACUUCGUCCAUAGCCAUUACUACCACGACUUCAUCGGAAUACAGCACUACAACGACCGAUGCUAGUACAACAACAGAAACUGAUGGGGCUGCGCUCUCUACCACGGCUUCAUCCGAGGACAUCAGUACAACGGCCAAGGAUAGCACAACCGCCAUGACUACUUCAUCAGAAGUUGGUACUGAGACAUCUGGACUCAGCGCAACAACUUCUGGUGAAAGCACUACUACUGUCAUAACUUCAUCAGAAGACAGCAGUACCACUAUCGUAGCUUCACAAGGAGAGAGUACUACGGCAACUGAUGGAACAACUACUACCGCUGCUGCUGCUGAGUACAGCACUACGACUUCUGCAGAAAGUAUUACAACAGCUAAAGACAGCACAACAGUCGCUGAACAGAGCACUACAACAACUGAUGAGCUUACUACCACGGCCGCUGAGAGCACCACUACCGCAGCGGCCACCACCACCGGCUGCAUUCCAAAUACUGUUCUUGCAAGCCCUAUACCUUUAUUCACCUCAGGAGACGUUCACAUUGAUGAAUAUGACACCGUGCAACUUCCUUUCCAAGUUGGUAUUUACGGCUCCCUCUCAAAUACAGUCUAUGUCGGUGUGACCGGAAUGUUAUCAAUCCUCGAAGCACCAAAGUUUGAGUACUCCGGCAGCUACUAUCUUCCCUUCCCUUACUUCCCGCCGGUGUCCAUCUUCCCAUACUGGGGUGACCAGUUCACUUCUACCGAGACUUGUGGCUCAGGCAUUGCGUACGCUGUCCACGAGACUUCUAGGGGGCAGACGUUCACUGUUGAGUACAACACUAUCGCUGUAGGAGGCAGUGGUGUGGACCUUGAUCACUUCACGGUUAGUCUGUACAAGGAUCAUCCGGGGUUGGUGAGAUUUGUGUACUAUCACACUGAAAAUAAUGGACGAGGUGCGACUGUCGGUAUUCAAGCGGGUAACUCAUAUUCGCAGUACUCUUAUGACAUGAGAUCUAUACUGGAUAAUUCAUACGUUGAGAUUGAUACCAGUAGUGGAGAUGCUCUCACCACUAGUGGUCAGCUGUGA